AUGUCACCCGCGGCAACUGACCUUGCUGAUCCAAAGGAGUAUCAGAAGAUAUUCCACUGGGCAGAAACACAGAAAGAUGGGACCAUCCCAUCGUUCCGGACAAGACGCAACGAUCCCUACAAGUAUCAAGCCGGGUUCGGCAAUUCCAAAACCCCAUCUAGCUUCGAGUCGGAAGCAGUGCCUGGGACCAUUCCCCAUGGUCAAAAUAACCCGCGCAACGUGCGAUUUGGGCUGUAUGCGGAGCAGCUUACUGCCACGGCCUUUGUCGCUCCACGGCACGCCAACAAGCGGUCCUGGCUGUAUCGAGCUCGCCCGGCUGUUGCUCAUCAAGGCUUUGUAGGCACCGAACUGCCAGACAAUCCGGAUACCGAGUCUAACUUCCUCCCGUUGAACCCACGUAUCCAUGUCUCCCCAACGCAGCUCGCAUGGCACCCGUUCGAGAUCCCGGACCGUGGCGACGUCGACUUUGUGUCCGGCCUCAAGACAAUCGCCGGCUCAGGAGACCCAACGUUGCGCGAGGGUCUGGCAACCCAUGUCUAUGUUGCGAAUAGCAGCAUGAAACAGAAGGCGUUUGUGAAUUCGGACGGCGAGUUCCUGAUCGUCCCGCAACAGGGCGCUCUGGAUAUCCAAACCGAAUUCGGUUCGCUGUUCGUCCAGCCGGGUGAAAUCGCGGUGAUCCAACGUGGUCUGCGGUUCCGGGUCGAGAUCCCCGAUGGCCCAUCGCGGGGAUACAUCCUCGAAGUCUGGGGCACCUGCUUUGAGCUCCCGGAAUUGGGUCCCUUGGGCGCUAAUGGCCUGGCUAACGCUCGUGAUUUCCUGAGCCCGGUGGCUCAGUAUGAGAUCGUCCAGGAGCCUUGGGAGAUCGUCUACAAGCUGGGCGGGAAGUUCUUCCGGAGCACCCAAAACCACAGCCCGUUCGAUGUGGUUGCUUGGCAUGGAAACUAUGUCCCUUAUAAAUAUGACCUGACCAAGUUCGUCAAUGUUGGGUCGAUCUCGGUGGAUCACAUUGAUCCCUCGAUUUUCUGUGUUCUUACCGCAAAGUCUCGCGAUCUUACAGCGCCACUGGCAGAUUUCCUCAUCUUUUCUCCGCGUUGGGAUGUCGCAUCGCACACCUACCGACCGCCCUACUACCAUCGCAAUGUUGCCUCAGAGCUGAUGGGCCUCAUUUACGGUAAUUACGGUGGACGGUCCGAUGCCUUCAAGCCGGGCAGUGUAUCGUUUGAAUGUGGGAUGGUGCCUCAUGGCGUGGCGUACGAAGAAUUCAAAGCUGCCAGUGACCACCCACCGCCUGUCAUGCAAAUCUCCCAAGCGUCGAUCGCCUUCAUGUUUGAGUCCAGCAGGCCGUUCACUAUCACGGACUACGCAUGGAAAAGUAACAAAAAGCACGAGCAUGAGCCUAAAAUGUGGGAUAGCCUGGUGGACAACUUUUCGAAGCAUGCAGCAGAAGUUGAAGAGCUUCUUGCCAAGGCGAAGAACCUGGCGGUGGCCUAA